CUGGUCUGGCUCAGGAGAGGGGGGACGUACUCUUUGAGGACACCAUUACACUUUUUAUUUUUUUAUUUUACAGUCAGAUCUUUUUGUUUGUUUGAAGAUAUGUCUUUUUCUUGCAAUCAGUCUCUGGACGGCAGUUUUCCCCCCUCUCCAGCGGAGGAUAGGAGUUCAAAUCGGCUGUCCUGGGGCAGUCUGCUGCAGAGACUGACCGAGCUGAAGGGGAUCAAUCAGAGGGUCGCAGCAGAUCAGUGCAACAGGAGUGAAAAUGGAUCUGUGGCAGACAUUUCCCUGUCAGAAUCAGACAGUAGUUUCUUCUGUUAUCCCCUGGAGGAGACCUUGGCUACAGAGGUUGUAGCAACUGUAACACAAAGUCUCAAUGAUGCAUCACACAUCCUGGGCUGCUCCAAACUCAUCUUACCCGACUGCCUACUGCACAAUAUCAGCCAAGAGCUGCUCCACCUGGCUGUCAGCGAGCCCUGCGGCCUCAGGGGUGCGCUCAUUGACCUCUGUGUUGACAGGGGGGACCAGGACUCUCUAUCUGCUGUGGACCAAAUAGCAGUGGAUGCCACCCUGGUCCCAACCUUUCAUGUGACCCUGGUACUGAGGCUCGAAUCCAGUGGACUGUGGCCAAAGGUCCAGAAACUAUUCAAUGCUAGCAAGUCACCACAGGCAUCUGCAAAGCACCAAAACACGCUGACGCUAAGCCCGAGCUUCAGGGCUAUCAAGAGAAAACUGUAUUGUUCAGGGGAUCUGCUGAUUGAGGAGUGCUGUUGACCAACCGCUGCUGCCUCUGAAAAGCUGAACUGGAUUCAUACGUACUGUGAAAAGAGGCUGGUUUGACUCCAACACACCAUAUGGUACGGAUCAGACAAUUCUGAGGUGUACCGGCCUUUAUUUGUGUAUCAUGGUUUCCUUGGAACCAACUUAUGCCUUAUGGCAGCUGCUCACCUGGUUGACUCAUCUUUAAAUAUGAGUCAGUUUCUUUCCUAUGAAUGUGAAGUUCCAACCUUUAUAGGAAUGGCUUAUGUAUAUGUAUUACCUCAAGUGUGCAUUUUUUUUUUUUUUACGACUUCAAGAACAUGAACAAAUAAAUUAUUUUUCUAUA